CAAAGGCCAAGAUACCAAGAAUGUUCACAGCCCGCUUCCUGAAGACACUUCAUCAUUGGCAAUGAAGUCCUCCUGCUCUCCUUCGACUUCCGACUUGAUGCAGCUGCAUGCUGGCUGACCGGGCGACGAUUCUCAAAACCCCUUGUACCCCCGGCACCGCGAAAGACUCCCUCGUCCCUCGAGACCGUGAUCAUCCGGGCAGAAGAGAACACACCACUCGACCCAUAAGUGUAACCGGAGGUCUAGACUCCCCCCCCCAGAUGAGGAAAGUGGCACUGCUUCCACGAUCCAUCCACAGCCACAGCGUGACUGCUCGUUCUUUGACAUUCAGCUGAUUCAAUCUUACCGUUGGCCCGCCUGUUCCUCAUUUGCCAUCAUUUUUUUUGCUGUCAACUUUUACCCCGCGUCUGCCUCGCGCUUUAAAAAUGGCUACUGCCGCGGCGCACGAACCCUCUGCUUCAGCCAACUCACCAGAGGAAGAGGAGGAGGUUAAAUUUGGCCAGGCGUGGAAGGGCGCGGCUAAAGCUCCUCAGAGACCGAGACUUGUUGAUCAACCCAACGGUGGAAGACGCAAGUCGUCAGUCCAAUUCCAUACGGCGGAUGCAGAAGACACCAUAAGAAGGGAAAGCGUCGUUCAAGGCUCACGAGUCUCCCUGUCGCCGCGCAAAAUGUCAUCGCCCCCUCCUCCUACCCAUUACCAACGCGGCGUCUCCUUCGACACCAUCGACAAUCGAGAUGCGUCCACCGAAGCCUUUACCUUACAGUAUAAGCACUGCGACUUCGCCGCCACCUCUCGAACCCGAACUUUCCUGUGCGGUACCGAUGCGAAGGACUACUCCGAGUAUGCAUUGGAGUGGAUGAUGGAUGAGCUCGUCGAUGACGGCGAUGAGAUUGUCUGCCUUCGAGUUAUCGAGAAAGAUUCCAAGACUGCACAUGACACUCCGUACGACCGGGACAAAUAUCGCACCGAGGCAAAACGACUGUUGGACAGUGUCAUGCUGAAAAACAGCUCGGAGGAAAAGGCAAUUAGCAUCGUCAUGGAAUUGGCGGUAGGCAAAGUGCAAGAAAUCUUCCAGCGCAUGAUUCAUCUGUACGAACCCGCAGCGCUGGUGGUGGGAACGAGAGGACGAAACCUAGGCGGGAUGCAGGGCUUGCUCCCAGGGUCAGUUUCAAAGUAUUGUUUGCAACAAUCACCUGUACCGGUAAUUGUCGUGCGGCCGAGCUCCAAACGAUUGAAAAAGAAGAAGAAACGACAACUGGAAAGCGGUCGCAGCCUCUACAGCAGCAUGCUCGAGCAAGCCCAACAUGCUGGAGGGAGCCAUGUGUUUGAAAGUGCCAGCCACAGUUCGAUAUCUAUGGAAGCCACGGCGAAAGAGGCCGAUGCUGUUACACAGGCAAUCGGCCCUCCAAGGCGAGGUAUAUUGAAAGGCACAUACGGUGGGCCGCUUGCUCGAGUAACGUCAGCCAAAAGUGAUGUGACGUCCGAUGAUGAUUCGCCUGAACGGAGCUUCGCCCUACCCAUUGGAUAUCUGAGCACCGAAAGUGCUCCGAGGGCGGACAUUGCCAUGAACAGUCCAAGCAUUGCCGCCUUGGUGGAAGACUGGGAUGACAACGAGACAACGCCGACCGAACGUGCAAGAUCACCCAAUCCCUCAAAGCGGUCUGAGCAUCGCGAGAGCGACGCAGCAAUAUCUGAUACAGAAGACAUACGCCUACUGGUGCCCAACAUCGUCGAAGAGCGACGACCAUCUGUCAGGGAAACGACGCCUUGGCUGGCGGACAUUCUGCGAGAAAAGCCACAACGCCGGUCAUACAGCCACGGUCGAUCACCCUCUAGAUAAAAGUUGGUCAUUUGACAUAUACAGAAUCUGCUGCCCAAAAUUUGACCAUCCUUAUGACCUUUCUAGGAUUCAACCUUCGACUGGCUGAUCAGAGAAACCCGCGUCGCCGAUUCCAUGGAACAGAGGAUACAUGCCAGCCACAGUUUCCCGAAACUCAGCGCCGGUUGUGCAACAAAAGAGCUUCCUUAACCUCUACUCUGUGGUGGAGAUGGCGAGGCCGACCACGAAGUCGAAUCUUAAGGAUCCUACGCACGAGAUACGAGAGUUUGUAGCGACACGAUGAUAUGGUGAUGCAUGCACUGUGGUUGACACGACAACCCUCAUGCCCGUUGAGGCCGGAUGUCGGUGGGCGUCGAACGAGAGGGGACCUGAUCAAGCCGACUGUUCUGGGAAGAGCUGACGUGGUUGCGGCGUCCCGGGACUAUUGAUUUGGAGCCCCUGAACAUGUCUGAGCACUCUGACGAUCGCUUUUGGCAGGGAGGGAACUACGAGUACACUGUAUGGAGAGGCCUUUUGACGCAUUGACCCAUCUGCCAACUAUAGAAACUCGGACUGGAUAGAAGUGUGUAUUGCCUAGAUGCAUUCAUGAAAUUGCUGCAGCAUUCCUGUAGUAGAUUCCCAACAACGGCACAAGGGUACCUGUGCUCCGGAACUCCAUUGUUUAGGCGGCAUCACAC